GCAAGAUGAACAAUGAAGAACUUUUGGCAAACCUGAAAAAGGACGUUCGCUCCUUGCUCGUUUCGUCAAAGAUGGGCUUGGACCCUGAUCAGCUCAGGCGGGACUACGUAGGCAUGUUGGGACACCCCAUGCCCCUGAAAAAGCUGGGCUUCAGAAACGUCUUGGACAUGGUGACAGCGAUGCCUGAUGUGGUGUCCGUUAACUUCAGACCUGAUAGAAGUAUACUUUUGGAAGCUGUUGGUGAUGAAUCCACCAAAAAUAUCCAGGAUCUGGUGUCCAAGCAGCGCGUAUCAAAGACUGAUAAGAAGUGGAGGGGGGGGAGGAGCAUCUUCUCUCCACACUACAGUGGUUCGCCUCCUGUGGUUCUUCCCAGACGAAGUCAUGCAACUUUAGUGGUCCCGGCCCAGCUGAGGACACAGCUUCGCAUUCUGCUCUCACAGGGUCCGAUCAGGCUGUCUCAGCUGGAGUCCUGCUUCCAGAACUGCUUUGGCCACCCGCUGCGUGUUGGGAACUAUGGUUUCUACUCCAUUGGAGAGAUGCUGCAGGCGGCACCAGACCUGGUCCUUAUCCAUCAGAGCAGGCUGGGUUCGGUCGUCAGUCUCAGAGAGCAGAUGCUGCCCAGGCAGCUGCUAUCAUCCAUCAAACCGAUGACUGGACAGACAAACCCACAGGGGCCCAGACCUGAUAAGACCACCUCGAAAGAACCAAACGACAAAAAACUGGCUCAACCGCAACCUCCAGUCCAAGUCCCAGUGAAGCACAGUCCUCCCCGUCAACCCACUACCGACAGAUGUUUGGAGUCAAUUCAUAAAGAGCCAACAGCCGCCAAAUGCAACCCAGAGAUAUGUGAGAAGAAGCAGGAAGCAGAGCCAGAGGCCUGUCAGGAGGGUCAGCUCUUCCACAGACGAGUCCUUAAGCUGGAGGAGGAGCUUCGCCAACAAAUCCAGCAGAACGGAGUAGCUGGAAUCAUCAGUCAGGAGCUGAAAGAUAAACUACAGAAGGUUGUAAGUCAGUUCAGAGGGGGGUUAUCUGUGCAUGACCUUCCUGCUGUGUACAAGAAUCAGUUUGGUGAAGAUCUGCCCCUCCAGGAGAUGGGCUUCGUCAGCGUCACCGAACUGGUCGGUGCCAUGACCGACAUCUUCCAUCUGAAGCGAACAGGGACUGAAGACGGACACCAGUGGGUCAUCACAGACAUAAAAGAUGAAGAUGACGCCCAGUCAGAUCCAUCUCAGGGGUUCAGGGUUUCAGCCGAUGGUGUGAAGCUGCCGUUUCCCAGUCAUUACUUUGACGGUGGAGAAUCUCCCUGGGAAGAAAAACUGGAAGGAAAUGAAGAUGAAGUCAGAGAAGAUGAGGAGUUUAACACAACUGUGACUUCCACAACUCCAGAAAUUUCAGAGACCUACCCCACCAUUCAGAUACAAAGCAGCACCGCUGUGCCCCCCGAUGCUCUGCGGAGUACACGUCUAAAACCCCCAACACGGCACCGCAUCCCAGAGUUGAUAGAUGUUCUGGUGGAAGGGGUGGAGUCACCCGGACAGUUCUACAUUCGCUUCAGCUUCAGCGACGAAGCACAAGCCAUGGAGAACAUGAUGAUUGAGAUGAGGAGAUGCUACACCUGCCCUGAGGUUUCUGAGCGCUACCGCCUCCCUCAGCGCUUUAUCAGACGGGGUCAGGUCUGCUGCGCGUCACCUCGGGGAAUAUGGUUCUACCGGGUUGUGAUCCAUGAGAUCAUCAGCCCCAGUGAGGUUCAGGUUUACUAUGUGGACUUCGGUGAUAUCAGUGUGGUACCAACCAGCAACCUCACGUUCCUCAAGUGUUGUUAUUCAGUUCUACCAGCACAAGCAGUUCCGGCAUCACUGGCUGAAAUUCAACCCACCUCAGGCAGCUGGAGCGCUGAGGCCACUGCUUCCUUCCAGAGUCUGUGCUCUGAUCGCACCCUAGUGGGCGUCCUGGACCGUUACAUUGGAGAUGUUCUGCAGCUCUACCUGUGCGACACACACACUGAGGACGACGUGUACAUCCACACUGUCCUCCUAAACCAAGGUCACGGGAUGGCCUGCAGCCCCUCGGCCAGUGCACUCUGUGUGCAGAUCAGUCCAGUGAGUCUGUACCUGGGGAAGGGGAUGAUUGACCUUCCUGAGGUGGAGGAAGAGGCCCCUCCCUGCCCCAAACAAGCUGACACACUGAACCAGUCCAUGUUGACGACAAUAAAGGAUGAAGAAGUGCUUCCUGGCCUGGAGUACAUCGGGGACGGUGACGUCAACUCCCACGUUCAGGACAGCCCAUUUAAUUUAGUAAGUGGCCGAGGUUUCAACUGCAGCGAGUUGAACCAACAGACACCUGGGAAAGCCCCUACCAGUCCUGCAUCCAGCCCUCCUGGCACCCCAGACCUGAUCCACACCAAGACGACCCCACCUCACUGCACAGCUGAUCAGAAGACGUUGACUGAGACCCCUCCAAAGUCUCCAUCCAGUGGAAUUUCCAGUUCCUUGUGUCAAACACCAGACGAGGCACAGAUGUGGUCUCUGGUCAAGUUCGAAACACCUUCACUAUUGAGGACCCUGACCGUCCAGACCCCGGACCUGGGUCAAAUCCAGGACCACUCUAAAGGUUCUCCAGGUUUUCAAGGUUCUCCGUUCCACCUACAUAGCACCAACAUCCACUUUCCUCUGUUCGGGUCCAAACCACAGCUGUCCCUACGGUCUUCAGUUCCCUUCUGA